AUGCCUCCAUUAGUAGAUCCAACGCCCAGUGGAGUGCUGUUUGAAUCUGAUACCCAAACUCCAGACUUGGGGUUAGAGAAAGAUGUGUCAGUGCUAAAGAACGCGACGCCGAGGAAAUACGAAUAUGUCUGGUUCAAUAUCUUCUGGUUUCUAUUCCUCCACAUUGGCUCUCUGUACGGCAUCUACUUGGCUUUGACGUCAGCGAAAUGGCAGACCAAUGUGUUCGCGUUCGCUAUCCAUCUGAUGUGCGCUAUCGGCAUCGGAGCCGGAUCCCACAGACUGUGGACACAUCGGAGUUAUAAAGCAAGGACGCCUCUUCGUACAGUGCUGAUGAUAUGGCAAACUAUGGGCUUCCAGGACUGCAUAUUCGAGUGGGCCCGGGACCACAGAACGCACCACAAAUACGCGGACACAGACGCUGACCCCCACAACGCCGAGCGAGGCUUGUUCUACUCCCACAUGGGCUGGCUCUGCGUGAAGAAGCUACCAGAAGUCGUCGAGGGUGGAAAGCGAAUCGAUCUCACCGACCUGUACGAAGAUCCAGUUGUGAUGUUCCAGAAAAAGCAUUACAUGAAGAUGAUGCCGGUACUGUGCUUCUUGUUACCAACGGUUAUCCCCGUCUAUUACUGGAAUGAAACGUGGCUCAAUGCAUUCCUGAUACCCACUAUUCUGCGAUACACGAUUGGCAUCAACGUUGUGUGGAGCGUUAACAGCUUUGCUCACGUCUUCGGAUACAGACCCUAUGACAAGUCAUUGAACCCCCGGGAGAACAUCGCCGUGUGGAUGAUAUGUGUGGAGGGCUUCCACAACUUCCACCACACGUUCCCGUGGGACUACCGCGCGACUGAGCACCCGCUGCUCAACAUGCUUACUCCCACCAUCAUGUUCAUUGAUGCUAUGGCUAAGAUUGGACAAGCGUAUGAUCUGAAGAUGGUCACUCCAGAUAUUAUAAAGCAAAGGUCACAAAGGACGGGCGACGGAACACAUCAUCUCUGGGGUUGGGACGACCCGGAGUUUACUGAAAAAUUGAAGGCACGUUACAGCACCAUCGAUCACCCCGAACUGAAGGAUGCCUAGCCACUGUCGACCCUACGCUACGAGGUGAUACCUCAUUAGUGUGUAGCCUUGCGUUGUAGCAACGGAUUGUAUGACAUACAAUUUCAAUGACGCACGACAUCGCAGCGCAAGAGGACGACGCACGCACCCAGUCUCAACAAUGCUUACAAAACCAAUGUUUUUCAUAUAACACUGUCCUCGUCGCACUUCCGACAACGCAACGCAUAUCCGCUUCGUCUAUCGUCUGUCAAUCCGUUGAAACGUCGUCACAGGCGACAGGUUAUGUAAUGCAACGCACUAAUGGGGCAGAAGUCUAAGUAGUUGUUUUGUGAUUAAAUGGGAGACUUCAUUAUGUAUAUUUUGUAUCCUGCAUGUGUAACUAGAUAUUCGUAUAGUCUAAAUUAAAGUGGUUUGUUAAUUUUUUAACUAAGUAUUUUGUAAUAGUUCGUGAUAUGUAGGUGAUGAAAUAUUCAAUGUAUGUAGUGCGCCUACACUACAGGGUGUCCCAUAAUUUAAUGGGUCAAACGGAAGUGGACCGAUCAGUUAUUAUCUAAAAUUAAUGUUACUAAUGGCAUAUCCUGUACACAAAUUUUGGCAAUGUCUUUUAUGUAUUCUGUGGCAAUAUUCAUAUUCAAUUUAUAGUAAGUUUGUAGUAAGUAUUUGAAGAUUUUUGAGCGUUUAACAAAUCUAACAAAUAUAUUUUAGUCAGUUGGAUUGCGUAACAAUUAAAAUUCAACCCAUAUUAUUAAGUUUAGGUAUACGUAUAAGUAUGA